CAAGAAACUUGAUUCGAACCUGGAACCUGGAAAUGUUCGGAAGACUGUAGGACCGGAAAUGGCGUCCAUGACACUGGCGUUAACCGAUUGGCGUCUGCGUAAUACAGCGGCCGGACUAUUAGAGCAGUUAUGCAUGAACGGUACGCUAGCGGACAUCUACUUCGUGUUUCCAAACCGAGGCGAGCAGCAAGACUCGCUUCCAGCGCACAAGUUCAUUCUGAGCAUGCGCAGUCCGGUGUUCGAAGAGAUGUUCUACGGACUUGAUUCCGGAAAGCAGGAAUCAGAGAUCAUCGUGAGGGACAUCCGGGCAACUACGUUCCGAAUAAUACUAAGAUACAUGUACACGGACAGCGUCGAAUUUGACGGCAACACCGUGCUCCAUGUAUUGUACGCGGCCAAGAAAUACCAACUCUCCCCUUUAAUCGAAGAGUGCGAAAGUUUCCUGCAGACGGCAAUCGACGUCAAUAACGUCUGUUCGAUGUUCAACCAGGCCGCGUUCUACGAGAUGGACAUUCUGCAGACGAAGUGCCUCGAUUUCAUUUGCAUGAACGCCAAUGACGUCUUCAUUACAGACGAUUUUCUCCAACUGACGCCGCUGUCUUUACUGGCCAUUCUUAAAGCGGGAUCUUUAGGCGUCGAAGAAGAACUAGACGUUUUUAAAGCCGCCAUGAAAUGGGCGGAGCAUCAUUGCGAAAAGAAGGGCUUUGAGCCGACUCCCAAGAACAAAAGGGCGUGGUUGGGAGAGGCGUUGUUUAAGAUUCGACUGCCAAUCAUUCCGGUCGCGGAUUUUACGACAACGGUCGUAGAAACGGGUUUGCUGACGCCAGAAGAACAAGUUGAGCUUUAUAAGCACAUGACGUCACACAGAAAUCCAUCUCGCGAUGAGGAUCUUUUCGAUAACGUUGGGAAGUUUGAUGCUAAACAUCGGCCCGGCAGCGUGUUUGAGUUAAAGAUUCCAGUCUCUUCGGCAGAAAACAUAAAAAGCUGUCUUACGGCAGCCAGUCAGAUUCUGUUAGUGGCGGAUAAGCCGCUCCGUCUGCGAAAAGUUAGCUUACUAUACAGCCCUCAACAAUACGAGCAAAACAUUUCAGUCACCAUAACGAAUAUGAAAGACAGGUCUUUUCAAAAACCUAAGCUGGAGCCGGUCCCCGAGAAAGGACCAAUCACGUUCACGCAGGGCGUGUACCUUAAGCCGAACACCCAAUACAAUAUUGCGGUGUCCUGUAUGAUAUACCGGGGUGAUGUCAAGGCACUCGAGUUUACUGAAACUCAGAGAGGUGUGCUGAUCAAUAUAAGUAGUGUGUUUAAUUCAAUCUCAUCCAUUCAUUUGUCGAGAGUUCAUUCAGAUUUCAAGUGAAAUCAUUUAUUUUGAUUAUUAGAAAAAAGUGUUAUAUAUAUUUAUAAUUUAAACAGGUUACGUUUGUUUGAUAUUGGUGCCAAAACUAUACAACACGUGAGAAAUUGCCCC